AUUCAUUUUCGCCGUGUCCUCUACCUCAUCCUCAAGCAGCACUCCAUCUCUCCUACGUUCUCCGGCCAACCACCGGAGUCCAAGAAAACAGGAAGAAGGUACUUCCUUCCGACGAGGUCGAUGGAUCACGACGAGGAGGAGGAGGAGGAGGAUGAAGCUGACUUCUACAGCGGUGGCGACUCCGACAGCGACCACCUUGACCUGGCCGGCGAACCUGACUCCGACGUCUCCGAUGACGCCCGCCACCAGCAAAAUUAUUCCGUUUUGGGCGAAGAAGAUAUCCUGCAACGUCAAGAAGAUGAUAUUAUAAGGGUCUCUAAUGUGCUGUCCAUUUCGAAGGUUUCAGCUGGUAUCUUGCUUCGGCACUAUAAUUGGAAUGUGAGCAAAGUGCAUGAUGAAUGGUUCGCAAAUGAGGAAAAAGUGCGUGGGGCUGUUGGCUUGUUAGAGGAACUGCUCGUGGAAUUUCCAAAUGAUAAUGAAAUUACUUGCGGAAUUUGUUUUGAAUCCUAUCCCUGUGAUAGAAUAUAUGGAGCAGCCUGUGGCCAUCUCUUUUGUCAAGCAUGCUGGGCAGGUUUUAUGAGCACAGCCAUUAUUGAUGGUCCUGGAUGCUUGAUGUUGCGAUGUCCUGAUCCUUCGUGCACAGCUGCUGUUGGUCAAGAUAUGAUUGAUAAAUUGGCUUCUGAUGAAGACAAGAAGAAAUACAAUCGAUAUUUUAUUAGAUCCUAUAUUGAAGAUAACAAGAAGACAAAAUGGUGUCCUGCACCUGGCUGCGAUUAUGCUAUAGAAUUUAUUGUAGGCUCUGGAUAUUACGAUGUCAUCUGCCGCUGCUCACACAGCUUUUGCUGGAAUUGUACUGAAGAAGCUCACCGUCCAGUGGACUGUGAUACUGUGGCCAGGUGGACUUUGAAGAAUAGUGCUGAAUCUGAAAAUAUGAACUGGAUAUUGGCAAAUUCCAAGCCUUGUCCCAAAUGCAAGCGGCCAAUUGAGAAAAAUCAAGGAUGUAUGCAUAUCACAUGCACUCCGCCAUGUAAAUAUGAGUUUUGCUGGCUCUGCCUUGGUCCAUGGUCAGUUCAUGGUGAGAGAACUGGUGGAUUCUAUGCAUGUAAUCGAUAUGAGACUGCAAAGCAAGACGGAGUGUUUAAUGAGGCUGAGAAGCGGAGGGAGACGGCCAAAAACUCCCUUGAGAGAUAUACACAUUAUUAUGAACGAUGGGCUACUAAUCAAUCUUCUAGGCAGAAGGCACUUGCAGAUCUACAGCAAAUGCAAACAGUGCAUCUGGAGAAGCUAAGUGACAUACAGUGCCAACCUGAGUCCCAACUGAAAUUCAUAAUAGAUGCUUGGCAACAGAUAGCUGAAUGUAGGCGUGUUCUGAAAUGGACAUAUGCUUAUGGAUUCUAUAUACCAGAGCAAGAACAUGCCAAGAGACUAUUCUUCGAGUACUUGCAAGGUGAGGCAGAGUCGGGGUUAGAACGCCUCCACCAAUGUGCAGAGAAGGAGCUGCAGCGUUACCUCACUGCAACAGCCCUGUCGAAAGAAUUUAAUGAGUUCCGCACCAAACUUGCGGGAUUGACCAGUGUUACCCGAAAUUACUUUGAGAAUCUGGUGAGGGCCCUCGAGAAUGGACUGUCGGACGUGAGCUCUCGGUCUGCCUGCAGCAGGUCAGGAAGCUCAAGGAGCUUAAGAGGCAAAGGCAGCAGCAGCAGAGGAGAGAGAAGCAAGGUCACAUUUGCAGCACUUAGAUCCAUCGGUAGAAGCAGCAGCAUUAACGACUCUGGACACUGGUCCUGCCGACAUUGCACCUUUGCAAACAAUAACUCCGUCACCGUUUGCCAAAUUUGCCGCCAGCGCCAGUAGAUGGUUUCAUUCUCUUCAUGCUUCGGCCUCGGAAAUUUAGAAGCCUGCCUCCUGGGUUUGUGGAGCAACUUGCGAUUGAGAUCCCCGCCCACAAUAGGCAGUGCUGGUACACGAGAUCAAUUUGGAAGAUUUAGCUUCGUGGGGCCAGUUGGAAGGAGGAGGAAGGGUCAAGACUCAAAACUUCUAAUAGUAUGCCAUCAAAAUAAUGCCACAGGGGGCCACUGCUUGUUCUUCUGAGAACUGCUAGUCCCGAAUUGGGAACUGACGACUGAAUAAACAAGAUGCAAAGGGCUUUGUGCCGAAGCAUCGACCCCCGAGGCUGCUGAUCGCUGGAGGGACUGUAAAUUGUAAUUUUCCUUUGUUUUGCUGCUGAAAUGUAACAUUUUCUUCUCCUCCCCUAAUGUAAUAUCUAGCUAUCAAGCUAUAAAGGAAGCAGCGACUUCAACUAAAUUACUUUCAGGAUGAGAAUGUAAGAUUACUGGGCGAUUCUAUUCCGUCGCUCAAAGCAUCAAUUCAUGUCACGUUAUCCAUUCUUGCUCGA